AUGGACCGUCGCCAUCUCCCAGCGCAACAUCACCUCCCUGUGCUUUGUUUGCCCUACUCACCUGUGCCUUCGCCUCUUUCGAGGGGUGGGAGCGUCGAUGCCAUGUAUGAGUCCGACUACACCGUCCUUUUCAUAUGGUUGAGUUCAAACUUUCCAACACCAUUGGAUACGACGGCUCGGAGGAUGGUGGGGAGUAGUGCUAAAGUGUUGGAAAUUCGAGGGGAGAUAGGAGAAGCAAUGGAUGCAGUAUUCGGAUUCGACUCCGCCAAGCUCGCGCUAUCCACGCUGGACAUUAUGCAUUCUCAGCAGAGGAUAUUAAUGCCUGUCACCGACCUUCAGGUUUGGGAGUAUGCGAGGCCGAUCUCGAGGAGAAUGACCCACCAACAGUCCCCGAACUGA